AUGCCUAAUGACAUCGAGUCGUCGUUUUUCAAUUGCAUAUACUACUGUCGUUUCUAUUUUUCGGUCACAGCCACUCAGGAAAUCUUGGAUGAAUUUUGCCCAUGGCUUUGUCCAUUCGAUACGGCUUUCGGCGAUGCUAUAUAUUUUUUCAAUCUCUUUCUACCAGUUGCCUUACCGCCUAAUUUGCAUCAUCAAGGAUUCAAAUUGUGGCUACCGGAAUUUCUUGGCAUUUGGGAGAGUGUGUGUAAUAAUCCAAAUUGGGAACAGAAUAUGAUUCAUAUUUUUUCCUUUGUCGCUUGGUACAAUAUUGGAUACAUUGAUUGGGAACCUUGGCUUUCACACAUUUUUACACUUUUCCUGAAAAUGUUAUCACUUCCGGUGGGCAAUCUUUCAAUAGCCCCACCGAAAGAUGUUUAUUCAAUACCUGUUAUUGCAUCAUGGAUCGUAGCAAUGAUGGGUAAUGGAAGUUUGUGUCUUCAGUACGUACGAGAUUCAUUUACGGCAAUCAAAAGCUUCUAUCAUCCGUCAAAUAUGGGUGAUUUCCAAGAAGUUCUAAUUCAGUUUCUCGUUCGAUUAACUCAAUCAUUUGUCGAUCGAGUCCAUCUAGAAAGCAAAGCAGAUCGUCUUUGGCAAUUUAACCCACCUCCAUCCUAUCGAUUAACCGAACAGGACAUCACUGAUUUUGUGAAUUGUGUCAAAGAAUGUGUGUUCAUUUCCAUUUUCAAUAAAACUAAUCUCAAAGAUGCAGCAAAGGCAUUCCGGAAUCUGGCCAUGCUUCGACCAGAACUAGUCGUGCCACCUAUUGUUGAACAACUUUUUUCAUCCGUCGACAUGUCCAAUGCUCGUACAGUAACGAAUGUGAAAGAUGACACUACUGAGAUAGAACUUACAUCAGUAGUCACUGGUAUCGUUCAACAGUGUAGUAGUAAAAUCUUUCAGGUGGUCCGAGAAAAGAUCAUGAACUUUCUUGUCGCUUCAUCAUUUACACCAAGAGUUAGCAAAUUACUCACGGAUCUGGUUCAACCCAUUCUCGAGGCGAAUCCAAUUGAAACACUCAAGUAUCUCAUGCCACAAACAUGUGAACGUAUUGAAAAAAUAGUGCAUGAUUCCGAAACAACCAUACUGACUGAUCACAAAGGUGAUAUGGAGCUUACCUGGUGUUUAAUUCUCUUCUCCAAACUUCUCGAAGCUCGUGGUGAUACUUUGCUCAUCUACAAAUCGAUGAUUUUAUCCGUUUUUCAUCGGUGUAUUCAUAUCAUUCAUAAAGAAUCAUAUGAAGCUGUUGCCUAUGCAGCAAAGAAUUUGCUUCAAUCUCUUUCGUAUGUCUAUCCAAUCGAUUAUCGGUUGACAGUGGAAAAUAUCGAUGAACCAUUCAUCGACUUUUUGCCUAUUAGAGCAUGGGGUCAACCUGUGGAAUUUGACAAGUUACAGCCUCAAUUCCAUAUACCAAGUGCAGAAGAAGUGGAUUUUGCAUGUGAAUUUGUCGAGACAUUCAUCUAUCCGGAACUGACAUUGUUGAAUGAGAAAAGCUCGAAUAUGUCCAACGAUGAACGACUUCGAUCUCUUACAAUUGUACAUUUCAUCGCUCUGGGAUGCUUGCGAAUGGUGCCACGUAUUGACAGUGAAGAAGUAUUAGAUCUUGCACUAACAGUUGCUCCUGUCGAUUUCAAAUACAAAGCUCAAUAUACAGUCUGUGCCAAAGAACCAAAAUUCAAAGAAAAUCUGCGAAUGCGUUUGAUUAUCGAUAUCGGAAAGUUACUCGAUCAUCUAGUCGACAGACAUUCGGACGAUGCCUCGUCAAUUUCAACAGCUCUGCAGAUCUAUUCAUUGCCAUCGUGCUAUUUUGGACUAUUAGCGAACGAUUAUGCUAAAUUAAACAAUGAUUUUGAUAUAUUGAAAUAUUCAUUUGAAAACAAACUCAGCGGCAGACGAUAUCAUCCACGUUUUGUGAUAAUCAAACGUCUAGCAAAAGAAAUACAGUCAUUUUCAAUCGAUAAUUAUCAAUCGCUGACGAAAAUCGAUAAACAAGUGAUACUCAAACUAGUAGAAUUGUCUAUUAAUCGAUACAGUCAAGUUCGAUGCAUUGCACAAAUCUAUCUAUUCACCAUGUUACAGCGUUAUGUCUUUUCAUACAACGUAGUUGUCGAUCGUAUCCUGGAACUUCUUAAUGCACCGGGUGAAGCUGAUCAUGACGAAAUCAAACAUGUGCCGAUUCCAUCAUCAUGCAUUCGAACAUUCAGCAAUUUUCUUGUUCAUGACAAUGUCAAAUUACGAAUGGCAGCUUCUCCAUCUAUUUCAACCCUAUGUCGUCUGCAAAAACUACCUCGAAUCUAUGUUGAAAAGACGCUUGAGGAGAUUCUGCAUAGGCCAAUUAACACCGAAUGUCAUCCUGGUGAUCGUGAUGAUAAUUUAUGGUUGACAAUCAAUGAUUAUAAACCACCAAAAAGCCAAGCCGAAUGGGAACAAACCUGUUUUUUGGAUAAGAGUUUUCAUGGCUAUUAUAAGUGGCCGAAAAUCAUCAAAUAUCCACUGAAUAAACGAGAACGAUACACGCAAGAGAAUAUGCCAGAACAAGUAGCGAUCUUGUACAAUCGAUUUAUUGACAAAAACUUCAUUGCAAAAUUCAUCCAAUUAAUGGUAUUGGAUAAAGAAGGAGAUAGCAGUUUCGAUGUGAAUCGAUUUCGAAUGUUUAAGGGUCUCUUUCGAAACUUUGGCUCGGCCUUUGUUGAUCAUUUCAUGGAACAAUUGUAUGCACUUAUUCGUGAAAAGAUAAUAGAGAUACAAGAAGGAAGUCAACGGGUAGCCGCCGAAAUUGUUGCUGGUAUGAUUCGUGGAUCAAAAUAUUGGACGGUAGAAAUGCUUGAUGAACUCUGGUCCCAACUCACACCAUUUCUCAACGAACUCUGUAUGAAUCUCAGUUCGGAAGCAGUUCUUAACUGGGGUUGUUGUUUCUGGUUUGCUGUGGCCGAUGUAGAUCCUCGACGAACGUAUCAUACUGUUGAAUUUAUGCGUUCUUUGAUAAACACUCCUUCAACAGCAAAUACAUUCAUUGAAACAUCUCGCUGGAAUCUAGUGGACCAACUGAGGAAUUUCGAAUGGCGCAUUCCUGGAGUUUGGCAUGAAGUCAAUGCCCAUGCCAAAGACUUGCUGGAACAUCCAUACAAAGCCGUACGAGAGUGUAUUGCUUCUGUUCUCGGCACAUCACUCAGUCACGAUAUAACGUUACCCAAUGGUCAAUCAAUACGCCAUCCCAGUGUCAAUCUUUUUUUCGAUGGCAUACAUGAACGAUUGCAACGAGCGAUAGACAUCUGUGAAAAGGCGCCUCUCGCCAAUAUUUCUGGUGAAAUCGUUGGAAUCGAUCCGAAAGCUCGUCAAGCACUGAACUUUAUCGAAACAGUAAUUCAACUCUGCAUAGAACUAACUGGCAGAUCUCUACAGCCAAUAAAACAUGGAAUCAUUCGGCUAUUUCCUCACCUCUGCAGCAUCGAAAGUAUUGUGGCCAAUGAUGAAAGCCUUCGAGACCGUUUAACACUCAAUCGAAUGUCUACUGCUGUUACUUAUUUGCAUGUACCUUUUAUAGAAGCAUUCAUCGAACAAAUAGAAUAUGUGUGCAAAAGUUCCAAGUGGCAUGCACGUCGUGCUGCGAUUGAAUUUGUUCAGCAUAUGAUCUUCUGUAAUCUGUUCAAUGCUCGUCCUUUUGCACCAUGCGUACGUGAAAUUGUUCUCAAAUGUCUCUUCGAUGAACAGCUCGAAGUGCGAACAAUCGCCUCAGUCACUCUAGCUGGAUUCUAUCAAUGUGGCUUCAUUCAAAUCACCAAGGAAGACCUGGAAUAUUUUCGUCUGAUGAGCAAAACGAACUAUUUCAUCAGAGUCGAUGGCAAGAAAGUGACAUCAACCGAGAAUAUUGUUAAACGACACGGUGGUGUUCUUGGUCUGUGUGCGAUAGUUCUUUCAAGUCCAUAUGAUAUUCCAAUUCAUAUUCCUCGUGCUUUGAUGCUUCUAUGCGAACAUUCACACGAUCCAAAUCUCAUUCGAAAAUCAAUCAAGAAUGCCUUGUCAGAAUUUCGUCGUACUCAUCAUGAUUCAUGGCAUGAACACCGUGAAAAAUUCACCGAAGAUCAACUUGUCAUUCUAGCUGAUGUCCUGAUUUCUCCGAACUAUUAUGCCUGA